GUUAAAUUGAGUUCGUGGAACUAUCCGAUUGCUCUCCCUCUUACAACUUUCCUCCCAUGGGUCAAAAUUUGGUUCUUCCCUACAAUCUUAAGUAAGGAUCACAAAUCCUUUGCCUUGGUGACAAUCCACACCCCACUCUCCAGACUCCAUCUUCAUGAUUUGGGGAAGCUUCUUGCGAAGCUAAGCCGAUUCUGGUUGACUAUAGAACUCAUAAAUGAAUUUCCAAAUGAUCAGCGCGGAAGAUGUGGAUCAAUUUAAAGAUGUUCGGUCUCCAUUUAUUGAACAUGUGAUAGUUUCGGAAAAGUUCUUGACAUCGUGCAAUAAGAAGAAAUUCUUUCUAGAUAUCAUAUUCUAUUGUUGUCGCCCUAAAUUUUUAUCGGUUACUCCGAGGAUAUAUAAAGGGUCCAGAGAAAAAAUGUUAUCAGCUGCUGAGGUACGUAAACGUUGCAAUCGUUUGCUUCGAUGUAACUCUUUUAUCUACGUAUUA